ACAAAAAUUUAAGUUCAUAAAAAAACUGUUUGUUGUGUUCAAUAGUUGUGUUGUGAUUUCUGAGUUUCUGUAUUAUUUUGUUAAAAUUAUUAAUUAAAACGAUAAUGGAUCCCUUAAUUAUAUGUAAAUCUCGCCAACGAGCAGAAAAUUGGACCAGAGAAGAAAAGAAUAUGCUUUUUCAUCUUAUGCGCGAGUCGGCUCCUGUUAUUGAGAGUAAGAAAACAGAUAAGGAGACAAAUCUUAAAAAGGGGAAAGAGUGGCUUAAAGUUCAAAAAAGAUUUGUAACACUAACUGGCAGAAGCAGAGAUGUGGAACAAAUAAAAAGAUUUUGGAUAAGGAUAAAACGUAGUGCCGCUCACCAUAAAAAAUCAGUAAGGCCUAAAGAACCCGCUGCAUCUGCAAUUAAAACUAAAAGUGCUAGGGAGUUACAUCCAAAUAGCAAACAUAUUCGUUUGGUUUUUAAGAAAAAGGAAAUUAAGAUUGACAAGAAUGCUGUGGGUUUACAUCAACCACAAUCAGCAUGUCAAGUGGAAAAAAAAGAAUCUGAAGCAACCAAUCAGAUUCUCAUGCAAGAGAACACAGAACAGCCAAUAGAUUUGAAUCUAGCUAAUUUUGAACAGGACAUGGACCAAUCACACUCAGUCCAGUUAAAAUGUAAACCAAUCACAGAGCUAGUAGGCGACAGAUUCGUAGAUUUAGAACCUGAGACGACUAUAAAUGAAGAAAUAGAUGCCAAUGACAUAGAAAUGAAUAAUUCAAAAAGGGAUGAAGAUGAAUUCUAUUAUUUUGGUUUGAGUGUGGCUGCACAACUUAGAUCUAUGCCUCUAACACAUGCUAUAGAUUUGGAAUCAAAGAUUCAAAUGUUAAUAUCAAAUGAAAGACAGUUGCAACUUUGUUUAAAUACCAAUUAACCUCACCCCCUAUUACAUGGGACUUAUAACACAAAUGGUGAAUAGUGAGAGUACAAUGUACAUUGUAUUGCGACAUUACAUGCCGUAAUGUGCACCUCUGCCUACCCUUGCGGGGAUAAAAGGCAUGACAUUGUAAUAAAGUGCAAUAUAGAUGUAAAAGUGUUUUAGAAAAGAAAUAAACUUAUUCUGUUACAUUUUCUGAUAGACAAAAUAGUUCUUGCCAGUGUAUCCUUGAUCUCCUAAUAUAAUUUAAGUACAUAAUAACCAAUUUUAACUUUUAUAUUUCU